UAUGACUUGGGAUGAACAAGGUUAGUAGUACAGAAUACCAAAACAAGCAUAUCACAACCCACCAGGAAGAGAUUAGAAAAAUGUUUGGUGCAGUUUCAGAAGAGAUUGAAGUGAAAGUUUCAGCCACAGAAGCAUGGCAACUCUACGGAACGCUUCGGCUAGCAAAGCUCCUUGAAGAAGAACUCACUGAUGACAUUCACAAAGUUGAGAUUAUACAUGGUGAUGGAGACGUGGGCACAAUUGUCAAACUAACAUUUCCACCAGAAUUAGGAACGUCGGAUUUUUCUUAUUACAAGGAGAAAAUUACAAAGAUUGAUGAUGAGAAGCGAGUGAAAGAAGCGGAAGCGAUUGAAGGAGUUUAUAUUGAUGUAGGAUUUAGUCUGUUUAGGGUUCGGUUUGAAGUGACAGAGAAAAGUGAGAAUUCAUGCAUAACAAAGACUACAAUUGAGUACGAAAUCAAGGAAGAGGCUUCUGCUAAUACUUCACUUGUUAGUAUUGAGCCAAUGGUGAAACUUAUGGAAGUCGCAGCCAAUUAUCUCGUCAAAAAUAAAAAAUAAAUUGUGAUACGCAUUUAUCAAUGUUAUAAAAUAAAUUGAAAUGUGUCUGUUUGCUUUUAUCUAUAAA